AUGUUGCUAAACAAGCUGUUAGACUACUAUUUACAAGCGCUAUUUAAACAAAACCUACAGGGGGCGGCACAAAUACCCUUAGGCGCAACGCCAGCAGCGCCUUCCCUGCCUACUAACACAAUUAACGCACACAGGCACCAAACUGUUCACUAUAAGCGCGUCGACGCAGCGCUCGCAGGGAAUGAUCCUGCGAGCGCCCUGCGACGGGUUGCAAGCUGGUAG